AUGGCGACGUCCUUUUUCCAGGGUGGCCAGUCCCCGCGCCGUCGCGCGGGCGAGCGCGUGCCGACCGUCACGCCCGUGCAGAUCAACUCGUCUUAUGCGCACACCCGCGAGGAGCUGCAGCUGUUCCAAGAGGAUCUCGCGGCCUGCUCUCCUGAGGAGCACCUCAGCCGCGAGGCGGCCCUCGAGGCGUUUCGUGACGGCACAAUCCCCUCAGCCUGCUUUGAGCUCGGCGGGCGCCACUGGCAUCUGACUGCACGCAGGGGUGCAGGCGGGCGCAGCGUGCUGCACCUGGCCACACCGAUUGCAGCCUCGCCCGACGCAUCGGGCCUGUCCCUCAGUGCCGACGGCCUGGACCGCCAGCUUGUCGCAGCCGGCUGCCGCACCCCCAGCAGCGGCAGCGGCAGCCCCUGCGGCGACGACGGCACACUCACCAUCGAGGCCAACGGCGCUUCAGGGAGCGGCAGCGACGGCAGCAACAGCGGCGCCAACGGCAGCAACGGCGGCGGCGGCGGCGGCGUCGGGCACAGCCGCGAGUACGUGCACGUCCUCUUGGUGGCAAACAACUCCAAAGACAGCCAAGCGCGCUACAACGCAAUCUUCGCGCUCAUAAACCACUGCAAGGAUCGCUCCGUCGCGCUGAAGCCGGGUGACGCCGCAGACUGGGGCCGCGAUCCCGCGUGCCUGCUGCUGUGCGAGAUCUUGCAGGUGGGCGAGGCGCUGGCCGCCUUUUGCGACGCGCCUCCCGUCCAGCGCAGCGGGGAGGCGCGCGCAGUGCUGGCGGCCGACUACAAGAGGCUGCUCUGGGACUACACGCACCACCUGGGCGCCGUGCUGGUGCCAGGCGCGUGCUGCGGGGCGGCGCCGGAGAUUGAGAAGCAGGUGAAGCUCGUGGGCAGCCUGCUGUCAACGCGCUGCAAGGCCUACGAGCUGAUAUUUGACCAGCUCGUGAGGAACGUUGGGUCAGAGGGUCCCGGCGGUGGCGGCGCGUCAGCUGCCCCCAUCCUCAUCUUCAACAGCAACACCAACACUGUCGAGGCCAGCCCCGUGACAAACAACAUCAACACCGCCGCCGCGUCCAGCAAGGCCAAGGCGAAGAUUCAGGGGCUCGGGGUCGCGACGAUCGCGGCGGCGGCGCUUGGCACGGCGCUGCUCGCGCGUGUCAUCCUCAGCGGCGGCGGUGGCGGCGAUGGCGGCUGCAGGUCGGGCUCAUCGUCGCCCCCCUCGUCCCCGCGCCCCGCGCGGCUGCCACGUGGCAAGAACGGCCGCGAGAAGGCUCUGGUGUCCGUCAUGUCCGAGUGCGAGGACGAGGCGGCGCUGGCAUCGCUGCUCAAGAAGCUGGCGCGCGAACGGGAUGUGCUGGUGGCAGUAUGCGACAGGGACAUGACUCACCCAUCAGACUACCUCACCACCUGGGUCCGCCAGGUGCAGCACCUCGGCCUGUCCAACACGCUGGUGCUGUCCAGGGACAGCACUGUGGUGGGCAAGGUCAAGGCGCUGGGCAUGAAGGCGCUGCUCAUCAAAACCAAGGUGGUCCCCGAGGCCCCGCGCGCGACGCGCCGCGCGGCGUUCAAGUGGGCGGCCCUGGGUCUGGUGCUGGACCUGGGCUACUCUGUUCUGUACAGUGAUCUGGACGUGGCGUUUCUGAGAGACCCCUUCCCGCUGCUCAAGAGAGACUCGGACCUGGAGGCCAUGAGCGGCGCGGCGAACAGAGUCACCGACUACGGCCUCGCACGCAGCGAGGCGCCGGCCUCGGCGCCGCGGCACCACGUCAUCCCUGGGCUGUCCCCCGGCCUGCUGUACCUGCGCCCCUCCCAGGCGGCAAAACACCUGGUGGCAUCCAUGGUGCGCGGCCUCCAGGCGGGCGCCGACACAGAGGUCAACCUGCUGGACGGCGCAGCGCUUGCGCCAGCGCAGGGCGAUUACGUGCGCUCCAUCCGGCUACGCGUGCUGCCUGUGGAUCGCUUCAUGACGGCGGCGGCGCUGUUUGGGGCCAGGCGGGGGCCGGCUGCGGUCCUGGGGGAGGAAGAGGUGACGGCGGUGCACUUUGGGUUCGAGGAGGGUGAACGGCUGCGGGGCAUGCGUGCCGUCAUAGACUAUGCGCACGGCCGCACAACGGGUCUCAAGGAAAUGACGCCACGGGCUGACGGCACGGCCAGUGGGGCCGAGCGGCAGCAGAAGAUUUGA